AUGUCGAUCUCCCUUCCACCCUGCCCCAUGGCGAGCCCUCCUCUCUGCACCGAUGUAGAUCAAAGCUUCUUUCCCUUGGGCUAUGGGGCCAGUGCCCCGAAACCGAACGGAUACCGCUCCCGAUCCUCUGGCCUGCAGACCCCCGAAGAGCGGCCCCAGUCUCUGGCAGGUUCCAAGGACUGCACGGCACAAGUCCUCGAUGAACUAGACGAAGAAUUUGAAGAGUUCGAGGAGUUACUUCACCCCGGAGAGAAGACUUUCGAACAAGAGGCCAGCGAGCCACGGCACCCACGCACAAGGCAGCAUAUACACAGCUAUACCGACUCCGGCGAUGAAAUAUACCCGAGGAUCUCUAGGCCCGUGGAGCUCAUGCGGAAUAGCUACGACUACGUCAUCAUCGGAUCCGGAUACGGCGGUGCCGUUGCGGCAUCGAGACUUGCACGGUCUGUGGGGCCCGACGGCCGAGCGUCCGUUUGCGUGCUGGAGCGGGGAAAGGAGAGGUGGCCCGGUGAGUAUCCGGCUGGACCGAUUGACGGGCUCAAGAAUUUGCACGUUUCCGGGGAGUUUUCGCCCGAGAACGCGCCGGGGGUUCCUGUGGAUAGAGGGGACCCAACGGGGAUGUAUCAUCUUAUUAUGGGGAAGGGAAUCAAUGCAGUAGUUGGAAAUGGUCUUGGCGGUACGAGUUUGAUGAAUGCCAAUGUGUUCCUUAGAACGGAUCACGAAACGCUGCGCUCUCCACCUUGGCCUGAAGAGAUUAGAAAGAAUCCAGAGUCUCUAGAUCAAUACUACGAGAAGGUCGAGCAGGUCCUCGAACCGACAACCUACCCUGACGAUUGGCCUGAACUCUCCAAGGUUAAGCUCUUCGAGCGCCAAGCCGAAGCCAUAGGCAUGAAGGACAAGUUUCGGCUCGUCCCGCAGACGACUCGCUUCCACAACGGCCCCAACAGCUGCGGUGUCGAAAUGAACCCCUCGGCGCUAACGGGCCAAGAUGCCACGGGCCUCAACGACGGAUCGAAGACGACGACGCUGGUGACGUACCUCGCCGAUGCGUGGAACUGGGGAGCCGAGAUGUUUUGCGAGUGCGAGGUGCGAUACGUCCAGGAGUGCACGGGACCCGAGGGCGGGUACAUUGUCUUUUUCGCCUGGCAUGGGCGGAAGAGGGAUGUGUUUAAGAAGCACUUUCACGGGGAUCUGAUGUGGGUGCAUGCGAAGAAGUGCGUGUUUUUCGGGGCGGGGAGCAUUGGGACGACAGAGAUUUUGUUGAGGAGCAGGCAGAUGGGAUUAGAGCUGAGUGAGAGGGUUGGGCAAGGGAUGAGCGGGAAUGGGGACAUGUUAGCUUUUGGAUACAACACCAACUACGAGGCCAAUGCCAUUGGCAAGGACUACCCCGAUCCAUAUAAUCCCAUCGGCCCGACCAUCAAUUCUAUAAUCGACAAUCGGCAUGGCCACUCCAAUCCCCUCGAUGGCUAUGUCAUUGAGGAGGGCGCCAUUCCAAGUGCCUUGGCGCCUUUCUUGCAGGCGAUGCUCGAAACGCAGUCUCAUCAGUCUGUGCUCAUGGGAGGAGGCGGUCUCCUCGAUCAGGUAAAGUCGGGAGCGGCGAUACUAGGAAGUUUCGUGUUCGGACAGAGGAGAGCACUGGAGAAUACGCAAGUUUACCUUGUCAUGUCUCACGACAGCAGUCGAGCGAAAUUGACUCUGAAGGACGACAAACCGAUCCUGGACUUCCAUGGGAUUAGCCGCAGAGAUCAAGUGAAGAAGAUUAACAGGAUCCUCGAGAAGGCCACAUCGAAAGUCGGGGGUACGUUUGUGCAGAACCCAUUUUAUGCGCUUAUGGGCAAGCAGCAGAUUACAGUCCAUCCGAUCGGUGGCGCUUGCAUGGCUCGCGAUGGUACGGGCCUGACUGGUGCUACGAACCACAAGGGCGAGCUCUUCAAGGGCACCGGAAGCGAGACGCACUCGGGCCUUAUUGUCAUGGAUGGCGCCAUCAUUCCUGCUUCGCUCGGAGUAAACCCGUUGGCCACUAUUACAGCACUCGCGGAGCGAAACGUUGAUCUCUACGCCGAGAAGCACGGCCUCGUGAUACAGGACGACCGAAACGGUAUUCUCGACCUCCUAGGAGAACCGGCGCACCCGUUCACCGACACAAAAUCAGAACAAGACGAACUUAUUGAGCGGCAGGAGAUAAAGCAGGUGGCCUCCGUUAUUUCGAUUGCCAAGGCGAUGAGGGCUCCGGGACUGGGCUUCACAGAGGUCAUGUCCGGGUUUAUACACAGGAACCGACAGGGCACACUUACAUCCAACAAGAGGGAGACGUAUGAGAGAGCGUACAAAACAGCGAAAUCAAUGUGUGAGAGCGCGCGCUUCUUCCUCAGUGUGCAGUCCUUUGACACGAAAAGUCUCGUCAGCAGACCGGACCACCCAGCCAUGCUCACCGGCACGUUUGUCUGCCCUGUUCUCGAAGGGUCGCCUUUCAUGGUGCAGCGUGGAGGGUUUAACCUUCUCGUCGUGGACCAGAAAUCAUCCUGCACGAGGAACUUGACGUACGACUUUGACAUGCGCGGCACGGAUCGGCGUCUCCUCCAUUUCCACGGGUACAAGGUUGUCGAUUCGUCGGUUGGUCUCUCGGUGAAGGAGUUUUGGAAGGCGACGAGCACCCUCUACGUCACCAUCACGCGCUGGCCCGAGGGUGCUGCUGCCGAUGAUCCUCGAGGUUGGCGGAGGGGAGACGUUAUUGCCAAAGGUAUUCUGAACAUUGAACCCGAGGACUUCAGACAACAGCUGCGGACCCUGGCUCCGACGGGAGAUACUUUCCUCAAGAAAGCUUGGAGCGUUGGCAGUUUCGUGCACUACUUCAGCCGAACGAGUUUACAGCACUUCCUAGGGCCAUUUGCGCCGCUACAAUAUCCCCUGGCCACAUAUGACGGCUAUAUAAACGACACGCCGCCGGAUAGGUCGUACGUCAUCGUCGCCGACGACCAGGUGAAGACUCGCAUGCACAUGUGGGAGUCUACGAAUCCGGACAUACCUACGCGCAACGUCUUCCUCGUCCCAGGAGCGGCCGUCGACCACCAGAUCUACGCCUUGCCGACGAUCCCGUACAACAUGGUCAACUACCUCACUCGAGCGGGCUACCGAGUCUUCGUCUCGGUUCACCGCAUCGGGCAGCUUAUAGUGGCGCAGAAUGAUCACACGACGUACGACUGCCGUCUCGACCUGCGCGCAUGCAUCGAUUACAUCCGCACCAACCACCCCGAGCCGGCCUCGAUCAACCCCGGUAAUAAAGUCUACAUCCUCGCACACUGCAUGGGUAGCGUGGCGCUGUCGGCGGGCAUGCUCGAGGGCGACAUACCCGCGGAGUGGAUCUCGGGCGUGACGUGCUCGCAGGUGUUCAUGAACCCGGUCUGGGGGCCGGCGAACAUGGCUAAGGCGACGGCCGGGCCCAUCCCGCUUGAUCGGCUGUACAAGAAGGUUGCAGGGAACUGGUACAACAUUACGACCGGGACCGGUGAUGCUGUCGUGCAGCGGGUUGCGAACCAGCUUUUGAGAUUCUACCCCGAUCCCAUGAAGGAGGUUUGCAAUAAUGCAAGCUGCCAUCGUAGCUCUCUUGUCUUUGGGCGCUGCUGGAACCACCGCAACCUCAACGAAGCAACCCACAGGCAAAUCGACCGCUUCUUCGGCGGCGUCAACAUGACGCUCAUGAACCUCCUCAUGCGCCAGGGCCGAGAAGGCCACGUCAUGAACCAAGGCUACGAGCACCUCGACACCGCCAAGAACGUCGCCCGGCUGCGCGGCGUGCCGUUUUUGUUCUUCGUCGGCGCGGAUAAUGCGGUGCUUUCGCAGGCGGCGACGGAGAGGACGUAUUCGAUCUUGUGUGAGACGUUUGGGAUGGACGGGUCUGUGGGAGGAGAUGGGGAGGAUGGUGCUUCAGUGAUGGGGAACAAGGGAGAGGCAAGAGAGGAUGCGGACUCUGAGGUCAUGUAUAGGAGGGUGGUCGUCCCUGGAUACGGCCAUCUUGAUGGAUUCAUGGGCAAGGAUGCGUGGAGGGAUGUGUAUCCCAUGUUGAGGGAGGAGAUGGAUCGGGUGGUGAGGGGGAGGGAGUAUAAGUUCGUUGAGCCGAAGGAUAAGUUUUCGAAGAUGGUAUUUAAUGGGGAGUUGUUGUACUAG